UUAGAAGUCAGGUUGUUUCAUGUACAGAUACCUCGUGACCACCAGCUCGUAUAACUACCUUGAUCAAAAUGGAUGAGAACUGCCGAGGAUCAAGAAAGAUGAAGGCUCCUUCUCACCCUCGUCACCGCGCAAUGACCAGUUUCCGAGGUCUGCUUCUUGCUGGCGUCGGAGUUUCCGCCACUGAGCCAACACUGCCGGAAGCAAGUGCAGAGAACAACUAUGGACAUGGAAAUGGACAUCAAGGAGGCAUGAUGAGGAUACCCAUAGUACCUUCAUCAACGAGCACAAAAAUGACACAUGAUGCUCUUGAAGGAACAACUCAUGACCUGACAGCGUCUACCACGUCGACGAGGAGAACACUACUUGGAGGACAGGAUAUUGUUGAAAGGAAUAGGCCACUAAUUGAGGGAGGUCCAUUAGUCUUUCGUGGUGAGCAUCUGUUUCCGAUGUUCGCUUCGGAUUCCAGAGAUCCUCAUGAAUCCGAGUCUAGUAAAAAAAGGAUGACAUCAAGAUCAAUCACAGCAUCAUCACCGACCACGGACACCACAGACCUCAUGCUCUACACUAACCCCUCGUCGUCCAAGAACAACUCCUCCUCACUACGACACAUGACGAGUGCCUACCAACGUGCCCUUCAAGGAAGUUCUGAAGGUCGCUCUGCGAUUAAAGGAUCGAUCAGUGCAGUGAGCGCUCGCAGUUGGGCCUUGAGGAAUAAUGAGGUGAUGGAAUUCGGGUGGCGCAUAUCGGAAUUACAAUUCUUCGAGGAUGCGGCAUGUUCGAAACGAUUGACGCCGAUGAAGCAGGUAUUAAGCAUAUGAAAUCUUCAUUCAUCUUGUUUUUUAGCAUGCAUUCAAGGCACGAGGCAUCAAUAUUUGAUGACAGCAAGUGUAUAAUUAAUGAAAAUAGAUCAUAUAAGAAGGACGAGAGUUUUUGUUUUUUCUAGUUAGGUCUGCUCCACCAACAAUAUAAGAAGUAGAGUCUGUAAUACUUAUUGUAAAUGUCAUCCUCUACGUCUACUUACUUUCUUCCAGAUCGCCGGUCCCACCGAUGCCGACUACGCGGCAGAGGCCUCUCGUCUUCCAGGCCGUCUGAGCCGGCCGAAUCCGCCUGAUUGUCCAGGCUGGCGACCAGAGCGGGAAGGCGCUAACAAGGCUUAUGACGGCAUGGAAAACACGUUCUGGAUGUCGAGGUGUUGCCCAUGUAAGAAAUGGGAAGCCUACAUUGGUGCGGACUUUGGAAAACCGGUAUUACUAUUAUCUAUCCUAAUCUUUUGGAAAUUUCUUGUGAGGAUCAUCUUCUACUUCUGAUGUAUCAUUUUCUUUUGACGAUAAUCAAUUUUUCAAUUCUUUGCACAGGUGGAGUUCCGCAAUAAAUGGAAUCAAACUUUCUCACCAAGUCUCCAGGUCAUCCUCCGUUGCGUCCUGCUUUGGCAGUCCAGUCAACGUGAGUAUGCAGCUGCUGAGAUUGCUGUGUCGAAAGAACAGUCGCUUGCUGAUCCUUUGACUGGGUCUCUAUGGACUGUGGUUGCUUCGUUUUCGAAUGUACCUAUCUGGCACUACAUGGGUUUUACGGGUAUUGAAGCUGGUCAAGUCACUUUGGAAUUUGCGGAAGAAAAGGGCAUGCACUGUUUCGAGAACAUGUAUGGACCAAUCUACGAUAGUCUCUCAGAUGCGCUGGCUGCGUGCAAUGUGGAUGGAAACUUUAUGGACAGUGAGUUGCUUUUUUUUGUAGGUUUUCUUCUUCAACUUCAUGAUCGUCAUCCUUCUUGUUUUGAUUUUGUUUCGUCCUUUAUUACUUCUUGUUUUAAUUAAAUAUUCUUGUUUUUAUUUUUGUUUCUAAUACUCGUGCCGGCAUCUACAAUCCGAAUUGUGAGCGUCUGAAAAUCUAUCUUCACAUCCCGAAGGCUGUCGACUACGACUUUGUGAGUCGAUCUUUGCAAGUUUUCACAAGAGAAGCAGAGUUCGGUGCUGUCGUUUACACCGGUGCGAUGCGGCAGAUGGUGCAACAGUUAUGUUGUAGACGUGUGUUUGUUGUGCUUGUGCUAAUGCUAUUGCUAUUAUUUGAGGGAGAGAGAAAUACAUAUUGAAGUUGAAUGUCUAGCUUCAGGGCUUUAAAUCUAUGGUUAUUUAUUUUCCGUCAUCUUUGAUUUCCAACGUCCUCGUCAUUCUUCUAAAACUAGUCGAGCUAGUGACGGGUGUGAUUGUCACGCAGUCGAAUUCGGCGCCAGCAGGAGCAAGACUCGACUUCGUGCACCAAUACAAAAGCGUGGCUUCUAGUAGUAGUCUCUCUGGUUCUUCGUCAACUGGAACUGGUGCAGGAUCUGCAACUGCUAGUGGCACUAGUUCUACUGGUUCAACUGGUAGUUCCAGCACCCUUAGUUUUAUGGCAAGACCAGCACCAGCCUCGGAUCCGGAUGGGCUGUUCCAUAAUAGAGUACCUGAGACGGCCACGGCAGUUGGAGGCGUGAUUCCUGAUAUCAGCACGCUUACUUUUCCACUGACUUUGGAGUUCUCAGUGACGCCAGGAUACUCAGAUGUGCGCUUGUGUCUUCGAGAUUUCGGAUUCGGGACAAGCACGGAAGGGAGCUGUUUGCUGGUAACACACUAUUUGUAAUGUGCUUUACAGUGAACGGCCCAGAGGACUGUGGUACCAGCAACAACUUUUUAAGGAUAUUGUUGGUUGCUGGUACCACAGUCCUCCGUAACUACAAGAUGAGGCGACCCCACGGGCCAGGUGAUCCCCCGAUCGCCAUGAGCAGGUGAUGCCCCCGAACGCCUAGCCCUUCAGCCUCCAAAUGGAACAGCUUACGAGCGUCAGGCCUCUCCGUGGCCUCUCCAAGGGUAGCCCACAUUAGCUGAUCAUACCAACCACCUUCCUUUUUUUGUUCUUGUUGACUCUGGUACCAGGAGCAACAAUAUCCUUCAUUAACAUCAUCCGCUAAUCCUAAUGAUUUACCAACAAUUUUUUCAGGUAAAGCGUGGCGCGUUGACGAGCUAUGUGCAAUUGGGCAAUUUCAGGGUCUCAAAAGCUUACAUGCAAGAAUACAAACUGUCCGUGGAUCCGACCGAUACUUCCCCGUUGAUCUCAUACGUCGGUCGUGAGGACGAUCCUGCAGUGUGUGCGGAGAAAGCACUGUAUUCCAUAUCUUGUAGGCUACAUUGAUGUACAUUUAUGUAGGAUGUUGAUACAAGAACGUUUUUGUUGUAAAUCUAAAUGCAAUUUCAACCUCCAUCUCGAUCUCUGUCCAUCCCAGAUUUAUCAUCUUCCGUUCCAAUCCACUUAGGGUUCGCAACUCAAACGUCUUUGAGUUUGUUAUCAAGGAGCAGGGGUUGACGGCGACUCAGAACUGUGUGGUUUACAAUGUGCCGGCUUUCAGACCCCCUAUAGGGUUGAUGGCCACGGAUGGUGUGAGCACAAUCAUUAAGGCUCCUAUUGGAUUACUUACACUCGUCAUGUAACAGGAAGCAUGCAAGAAAAAGAAUUAGUUGCAUCAACAAGAUCAACACUUUUAUUUAUUUUCCACAUGUUUUUAGAGAUCACGACGCUCCAGCGUGUGAACAAGCAUGAUCCACACUUCUUUCCACCUCUAACAUUCUCGACACUUAUUACCUGCGGAACCAAUCUUUUCCGACUACGACGCCGGCUCCGAGAUUGUUUCUCACGGCCUCGGCGCGCAGACGCUCGAGCCGCGGCUCCUCGAUUUUGACGGGAGAGGCAUUUCUCUACGUCUUCAUGAUGUCCUUAGGAGUGUAUGCGGCGAUCUUGUAAGAGCAGAACGAGUUUUCUUCCCCGAGAAGAAUUAGAUGCUAGAUAAAGCUACGAGGAAAGACUGCGUCUACUAUGAGAAGUUUGUAGUCACAGUCACGACAGGGAGACACAUCUAACGACAAAUUUCUAUUCAUAAAAAGAAUUUCCUAGAAUUUGUAAUAGCAUAGCGGCGAGAAGUUUUUGAACAUAAAAGUACUCAACUCAUACAUAGGGUAUUUUCCUACUAGAUACGUAUCUAAGCCUAUACAUAGGAAUAAAUUGAUUCCAACAACGUAGAGCUUCACUGUAAUAUACAUAAGGUUGACCAAAGCAAUCAUAUGUCAUGGGAGGGAAAACAUCUCCAGCAUGUUAUUCAUAAAAUUUUCAGACAGAAGUAAUCUUAAAUCUUUACUAUGUACCUCAUGCACAGUAAAAGGAUUGAAAUUCAACAAACAGAAACAGAUACAACAUCCGUAUCCAUGAUUGUACUUCAUGCACAGUUUUUAAAUUCAUAACAAAAUGCUUAGGCAUAUCUUAUCGCCAUGCACGGCUAAGAAAAUUUGUUCAACAUAAACAUGUAUCCUUGUACCUUAUGCACAGUUCUUAAAGUUUUCAAUGAAUUUCAACGAAAACAUCAUCUAUUGUAUACCUUGCACAGGCAAAAAGAUAUCAACAGGCGACACGAUUUGCGCCGUAUUUCAUCAUUUACAGGAGAUAAAGGUAGAAAAUCAAGACGAACUUUAUCAAUGAAAUCAUCUUGCCG